CGCGCGCGUCGUCGCGGACGCGGCGCGUAGGCACGGGCGCGACGGCGGGGCGCGACGCGGCGCCGCGAGUCCGCGUGCGCGCGAGACGGCGACGCGACGAAGAGAUUCAUUCGUUCAUUCACGCAUUCGCACGCGACGACGACGACGACGACGACGACGACGACGACGGGACGAAGGACGACGCGAACGACGCGACGCGCGAAAACGCGACGGUUUUCGCGCGCGGGGCGUCGCGACGGCGCGGAUGCGCGACGCGGGACGGGGCCGGGACGGCGACGACGCGAGCCGACGCGAUAAGGCGCGCGCGGCGGCGACGACGACGACGACGACGACGCGCGAGACGGACGUCGAGCGAAGAAGCGGCGCGGUGAAGGGCGAACGAACGGACGCGGGGUUGGGUCGCGAGCGCGCGCGGGCGACGAGCCAGGGCGCGGCGGGGCAGGAUGGGGUGUUCAACGUGGACGCGCUGCGCGCGGCGGUGGAUAGGCACCAUCGACACUUUUCGAGCGAGGUGGAGCGGGCGUGGAGAGAGAGUAAUUUUAGCUUUGGUUUCGGACGAGGGAGCGCGGGAGGAGAGUUCGCGCGAGAGAGCGGGGACGAGGGGGACGACGCGCGCGCGCACAGGGCGGGGAGGAAGAAGACGCUGAGCAUAAGCGCGUUCAGGGAGAUGGCGAGGCGAGCGAGCCAAGACUCGUUGGCCAAGCUGGACGACGCCAAAUUCAUGGAACGGUUUGAAAAGUUGCGCAGGCCGAGACGAAGCGCGGGAGGAGACGGGCGCAGGACGUCGGAGAGCAAGCGAGACGAGCGAAAGAGUCGACCGACGUCGACGCAGGACUUGCAGGCGUUGAUCGCGAAGAAUAUACCCAAGGCGCCGGCGAUUCCAAAGUGGGGCGAGGAGUGGGACGUGUUCAAGGCGAUCGGUACGAAUUUCAACCAAGACGACGGGGCGCUGGCGAAGACACCGCAGCGACCCAAUCGCACGCUGAACCGUCGGCGCGCGCAAUCGGAGACCGUGGUCGACCGAUCGCCGGGGACGUCGCCGCGAAAGUCGCCGAAGGAGGCGCCCGAAACGGCGCGUUCGCCUCGCGAGAUGUCGCGCAGCUCGUCCACGGAUGCGCUCACGGCGAUGGGCGAUGGCGACGCCGAUCACGGCGCGCGCGCGCUUUCUGAGACGUCGAGUCCGCGCGAGGGCGGUGCGAACGUGCUCGAGAGCUUGAAGAAGGAAAUCACGAAGAAGAAGGACGAGCUCGCCUCGCGACUUCCUCGCCCGCCGAGCCUGCCGAAGCUCACGACGGACUUGCAAAACGCCGUGCGACGAUUCGCGGGUCAACCGGAGGAAAUCGUGGUGAAAUCGCCGUACGAUGCGAGCCUGUCGAGCCCCGGGGUCGUGCUCAAGCGAGCAGAGAGCAAGGAGCUCGCGGCUGAGCUAGAAGCGAGCGAGGCGUU